UCGCGUCCCAUCCUGCUUUGCGGCCGGGGCGCGCGACUAAGAGCGUUCUUCAAGCGCGCGGGGCAGGACCAGGCGGAGCGCGGCGCCAGAGUACCGCGCGGUCGAGGCUCUGUAGGAGGCUCCCGGCGAAGUCUACUAAGUGUUGAGGAAGAGUCGAGUCAUGUGUGAAUGGGACCAGCAAGAUGGCAAAGGCUGAGGGAGUGACACGGUGGCAGCUUGGUUUGUUCCUGCAGCAGAUUUGCAUUUCAGCAGCUUCCUGUGCUGUGUCAUUUGUGGGCUGCGGCUCCUGCGAAGAUCAGUGUCUCCUCAUAGGAGCCCAAGUGAGGAACCAACUGGUUAUCAAGGCAUUUGCACAGGCCUCCUCCACGGCCUGCUACGACUUCAGCAGUCUUUGGGCAGUGGGGACCUGGACCGACAAGGGCACCCACCUCAGGCCCCUCUGGCUUUGCCCGGAGUGAGCCGGACUGGACUCAUUCCUGGUCUCCUGGGGUCAUCGCUGCUCCUGCCUGAGACCCUGUCCCUUGACCCGCGACUAUGCUUUUAUGCUGGCCCUGGGGAAGGCGUCUGGAAAGCCAGCCUCAUGGCUCAGAGAUGUCCACGCACAGCCUGCUAGUCAGACCAGCUUGCCUAGUUACCCACCAGAGCCUCCAGCUCUCUAUCAGUGACGCCUUCCAGGUAACAGACAGACUGCUCCCGGCUAUGGAACUGCUCCCAGCAGACCGGUCCUGCUGCGGACUCGAGGCACCUGCUCAAAGGACUGGAGCGCCGUCCUGGGGCCCACAACGCAGAGGGGAGCUUGCAGAGCUGAGUCUGCCUCCUAUACCGGCACUCUUGGAGGCUGGGCAGGGGCAGCUGCCCAGAGGCAGAGAACCCAGCGGAGCCCCAGGAGCCACAGGAAGUGAAUACAAAUGGGAAAGCAAAGGAUUCCAAAAAGAAAUGACUGGACCCAAGGCCUGACCCUGAUCUGCUGCCUGACCGUGUUCUUGUGACCUGCUCCUGUCACCUGCGCCUGGACACAUAGGCUCUCCGUUGCUAACAGUUAAGGUGAUGCCCUGGGAAAGAGCACAGCUGCCUGAACCUUUAAAACCCCAGGUGGGACGAACAUUCCUGUGGAGCUGCAGCAGAUCCCGCUUGUGUUUUGCUUUGUAUUAUUUAAGCAGCCAGAGGAGAAAAUUGGUACUGAAGAAUACCAGUUCUUGGCAGAAUUCUUUGUGAAAGGUUUCAGGAUGAGGGGCACCAGGCUGAUGGGGCUGCUGCUCGCCCUCGCUGGUCUGCUGCAGCUGGGCUUGUCCCUGAAGAUAGCAGCCUUCAACAUCCGCACCUUUGGGGAGACCAAGAUGUCCAACGCUACGCUUGCCAGCUACAUUGUGCGGAUCGUGCGUCGUUAUGAUAUCAUCCUCAUCCAGGAGGUCAGAGACAGCCACCUGGUGGCCGUGGGGAAGCUCCUGGACGAUCUCAACCAGGAUGACCCAAAUACCUACCACUACGUGGUCAGUGAGCCACUGGGCCGCAACAGCUACAAGGAGCGCUACCUCUUUCUGUUCAGACCCAACAAGGUGUCUGUGCUGGACACCUACCAGUACGAUGACGGUUGCGAGUCCUGCGGGAACGACAGCUUCAGCCGGGAGCCCACUGUGGUCAAGUUCUCAUCCCCCUCCACCAAGGUCAAGGAAUUUGCCAUUGUUGCCCUGCACUCGGCCCCAUCGGACGCAGUGGCUGAGAUUAAUUCUCUCUAUGACGUCUACCUGGAUGUCCAGCAGAAGUGGGGCUUGAACGAUGUCAUGUUGAUGGGCGAUUUCAACGCUGACUGCAGCUACGUGACCUCCUCGCAGUGGUCAUCCAUCCGCCUGCGCACGAGCUCCACCUUCCAGUGGCUGAUUCCUGACAGUGCCGACACCACGGCUACGUCUACGAACUGCGCCUAUGACAGGAUUGUGGUCGCAGGGUCUCGGCUCCAGAGUUCUGUGGUUCCUGGCUCAGCCGCUCCCUUUGACUUCCAAGCUGCAUACAGACUGAGCAAUGAGAUGGCCCUGGCCAUCAGUGACCAUUACCCGGUGGAGGUGACGCUGACAUAAGUCCUUUCUGGGGUCCACAACCUCUGCCCCACGCCCGGAGCUGAAGAUGACAACUGACCCGUCACAGUUAAGAGCAGAGGGUGGAGCUUAAGGAACCCAGUGCCGUUCGUCCCCGUGUGCCCCCAACCACCCCGCAGCAGCUGGAAUUUGAGGACAGGGAUGGAAGGCCCACUUCCACUGUAAGUGUGGCGGUCUUGUCAUCAGAGCCCCCCACUUUCUCAGUCUGGAAAGAAAGUCUAAAACUAAGAAAUGCCUUUUAAUUUAAAUAAAGCUCAAAAGGGGGUGUUGUCAUUCGCGCACCCAGUC